AUGACGCCGCCAGAACGGAACGGAAGGCUGCUGCUCAGUGGUGGGAGCGCUACUGGUUGCGUGUCUGCCCUAGACGCCAGCCUUGGCAGCAGUCAAGAAGAGUACCAUUUUAUUCUUGGCUUCCAUAAGAUUCUUGGAUUCUACAAGGAUGACACUUUCCCUGAUGCUACUGGCCAGACUGGCUCCCUAGGACUCCCAAGAGCUCUGACAACAAGCCUGGAAUCUUGGAACAGACAGCAGACUUCAUCCAGAGGUGAGCUUGAUAAGCAGAUCCAGCCGGGUCUCACUCUAAGGAACGUGGAAUGCGGUAAACUGAGUACUCAGGUCUGGCAGGAGGCGAGAGAGGCCGGAGGAAGGCGGAGCGUGUGUGCUUCAAAUGCUGGGAUCCACUCGGGGACUUAUCUUGUGCAUUUCCAGGCCCCUCAUCUGAGGAGCAUUGAGUUCGGGGUCUUUUCCAGCCUCUGUCUUUCCUCGGUGCAUCUACAAUUAUGGCUCCACCUCCACUUGGGUAAUCGCACCUCCACCCUGCAGGGCUGCUCGGGGCUGCACGGUGCGGAGGUGGGCGUCGGUGUGGAGCAAGCCGCGCCCCUCUGCACUCCUCCUCCCGGCGAGGGGCGGGGGAGAGAAAGUGGCAGCAGCGCCCCCCACGCCUUCGGUGUGGAGCUCUGGCCUGCAGCAGCCGAGCGGCGCGGUGCGGCUGCAGCGCCCCGGAGUCCCGGAGCUCCCGCAGGGCCGCACAAAGUUUGCAGCCAGCAGCCCUGCGCGGCCGAGCUCCCUGAGCGCUGCAGUGGCCCGGCCCGGCGCGUUCGCCGCGACCCCCUCGGCCGACAGCACGCCGACAGACGGGGGGCGUGCCGAGAGAACUUUGAAAAGCUGCGGAGGAGGAACCUAAGCCUGCAUCUCGCCAGUCGGGGGACCUCUGGAGGAGCUGGUCUAGCCCGAGGGAAUGCUGCGAGAUCCCAGCAGCCGCUGACCCGCAACUUUCCAGCUAGACUUGGCGGCGGGCUGUGCUUUGCCUGGUUCUCGCAGGCUCGGCUCACGGUGGUGGCUGAUCGGCUGGCUGGAGAGCCGGGUGAGCCUCGGGGCUGAGGGUUGCCCUGGGCGGCGGCGGCAUCCUUCUCGGGUCCAUCCCCCAAGCUCGGCUCCCGGCGGAGCAGCCCGCCGCCUUUCCCCACUGUCUGCGCCCGCGUCCCGGCUCCCGGCGCCGGCGCAGCCUGGGCUUUGGCCGAGAGCAGGUUCUUGGAUGCUGAAGGCUGGGCUCCUCCUGCGAGAGUGCCGCGGCGGCGAUGAGUGUCCUCAAAGCGUGGCUCGGGGUGGCCCUAGCGCUGGCGGAAUUUGCAGUAUUGCCUCAUUGCGAAGGUGCUUGUCUCUAUCAGGGCUCCUUGCUGGCGGUAGGUCAUUCUUAAUCUAUUUCUUUUGGAUGUAAGAUGCUUAGCUGAGAUAACUGAGUGACAGAGGUGAUUGUGUCAUUGUAAACUAAUUUUCUUCAUGGGUUGAGGAGUACUCCUCAUCCUCAUCCUCAUCCGGGUACCAUAGGGCUCCAUCACUUAUUAACCUUUCAAGAGUGAAUUAGUUCCAUUUGGAUACUCAGGUAUUGAAUGAGAAGUCCCCCGCUCCCUGCCGCCAUUUGCAUUCGAUGGCUGUCCUUUGUGUUCUUUCAGUCAGAGAUAAUUGGAUCCCAUCCUCUUGUCACAUACAAACUAGGGCACAAUUUGUUUGUAUGCCUGUUACAUUUGUUUUCGUCUUUAAAAUAAUGCUGUUAUUACAUUCAGUACAACGGAAGAGAUUCUUGGUCAGUUCUCUGAAUGAUAAGCUUAAGUUUUUGGUAAACAGCAAACAAAUUAGCAUUUUUAUCUCUGACCCUUUCCACACUGGGUAGGCAGAAUUGAUUUUGAAUUUAAUGUCAGAA